GCUGCGGAGAGCUUGAGUCCCCCCCCAGGUCUUCGUCUCUCAAUAGCUCAGUAACUCAACACAUAAUAAUGCUCAUAUGCUCAUGUGCUCAGUACUGCACCAAGACAAUCGCAAGCUACUCGUCUAGACAACCUUCUCUGGCUACAACAUCACGGCUCAGUGCGUGAUGUCCCUUUGCCAGGCAAUAAGACGGCUUUGAACUUGAGAAUUGAUGCCACCGAACGAUGCUGCACUACCCUCAAUUUACUUUCCAGUCUCACUACGUUCCUGAGCAAACUCCCGUCCACCUCCAACAUAAACUCUGCCUUUCCCCACCGCCGGUACAAUAUUCGUGGAACACUACCACGAAUAGUAUUGUUCACAAGUGGUGGACCAAAGCUUGUGAGUUGCGACGUAAGCGAGGUGUGGUCAGAUAUCCGACCCCGACCAAAGCCCCAGCGAGAUCAACAUCUCGGUGUGCAUCAGUCCACGCCACGAGCGCGGGUGCUUUCGAGACAGAGAGCCACGCGAUCGAAAAGCGUUCUGGGACUGGUGCAUCCACCUGUUUGCUAUCUGUGCUAUGCCAAACUCCUAGCACAUCAAAAGUCGACAUUGAAUUGGCGCUUAAGCUCACUCACUUUGACGGCUUCGACCGAAGACAGCUCUCAGAUCUUGAGCAAAAUCUGCGGUUGCUAGUCGAAUCCAUGGCAACCAAAAAGUUGGCCAGCGCUGCCAGCAAAUCCCGCAAACAUCAGUCCGACAAGGACAGCGAAGCCAGCCAAACUCCGGAGCAAUACAUUGCUGCCAGGAAGAAAGAAGCGGUCGAGGCUGUAAUGAGUGUUUUCAACAAGUGGCUGGAUAAAAGACUCUCGGUAAUAUCUUACGCAUACGAAUGUGCUGAUGGCUCUGGCAAUCCCCGUGGCGGAAGUGGCGAUUGGACGUCAGACGAAGGCAGAUCUGGUAGCGGCUCUAGCCGUGGCCGUCCAAAACGCCACUUCAACGACGAUGACGACCAAAGUGGUUCAUCCGCUGGUGGGGACGGCGGUGGUGAUGGCGGAGACAGAAACGGCAACAAACGUGCUAGGAAGACUGCUGAGGAGAAGCUCCUAUUUGCUUGCCCUUUUUUCCAGCAGGAUCCAACCCAGCACUGUACCCAGAGGUCUUGCACAGGGCCAGGCUGGCCUUCAAUACAUCGACUCAAGGAGCAUCUGACUCGAAGACAUCUCCUUCCCAAGCACACAUGUCCGCGCUGCCGUGAGCCAAUGGCUGAUGCACUGGCACUCGAGGGCCACCUGCGAUCAGACGUACCGUGCGUCAAACGCGAUGUGGUUCGGAUGUUGGGCAUUGAUGAAGCCCAAGAAAAGAAACUCAAGGAGCGCAAGAAAACCUCGGGCUCCUUGACGGAAGAACAUAAAUGGAAGGACAUAUAUAUGAUCUUGUUCCCGAGAUCCAACAAGAAUGCUCUUCCCAGCCCCUACUACGACAGUAGGCAUCCCGUCACAAUCGCCAAGUCGGCUGCGCAGUGGAAGAAGUUCAAGAAGCACAUCCAUGACGAACUUCCCCAAGCUGUCCAGAAGCGGGUCGAGCAGCGUUUCGAUGGGGUCAAGGUCGAGCUGCUCCACGGCCUAUCCGACAUAAUCCAGGACGAGAUCUUUCAGAUUUUCAAAGGCUUCCCGCAGGGGGGAGCGUCCACGCCGAUAUCGCCAGGUCCAGACUCGCGAUCUACGACCCCAAAGCUCACCAAUGUCGCUCUGCCAGGCGACGAGUCGAGAGCGACGAGCAUUGACGACUUUCUUAUGGAUCCUUGCGCUCCGGACAGCCUCUUCUUCGGUGGUCUGAACGACCUAAACUUCAACUUGCAAUUUGAUCCUAGCACUGAGUGUCUGUCGGAUUCGGGAUAUGCUUCGAACGGUACGAACACAGCACUAGGUCGCGGCGGGUAUACUUGGCCCUGACCUUCCCCUUGGUGAAGUUUCCUUUUCUUGGCGGCUUCCAUAUUUCUGUUGCCCUUCCAAAUAAUUCCGGGUGUGUACUGUAUUAAUGGUUUCGGGUUUUGUGCGCCUGGGUCUGUUUCUUUUCUCUUUGACUCUGCAACACUGUCACUGUGAGCCUUGUAAGGAUAGGUGGGAGAGUUUUGCCGGACAAGAGUACUACCAAUGGGUGAGCACUUCUGAUUUCACACAUGGCAUUGCCAUUAGGAAAAUGGCUUGGGGGGGGGGGUCGUACCAUCAAGCACACGGGCACUACUGUAGGGUCACUUGGUUCUUCAAGGACCGUUUGCACGCAAAAGUAUACGUAUGCAUGUAUUCCUUGGUCAAACCUAUUCUUUCUAGUUAUGAUCAUACAUAUGCCUAAGGCAUGGGAAUAUGAACAAAGGGUAUAUCAGAAUCCCAAAAAAAAAAAAAAA